CAACUGUGACGUCCUCGCAUUAAAAGAAAUUUGACAAUCGAGAAUUCGGGAAAAGUUUUACUGAAACAGCUGCUUAUAUAAAUUCGUUUUUAGCACAACUACAAGUUGACAAAAUGUAGUAGUAGACGCUUUUAACACGGUCAGUGAUGAAAAAGAUUAUACCUGUCGUUGCUGUAGUACGCGCUGGUCAGCACAAAUACUUAUCGGGCUUAAAUCUACAAAAACAAUUGAGUGCACAGAAUGCCGAAGAUUGGGCCAACUUUCGCAAUUACCUUAUACUGCAGCAACAUAACCCUGUGUAUACCAUAGGCAUUCGUACCAAGAAUUACUCCGAAGACGAUGAACGACGUUUACGUAAACUGGGUGCUGAAUUUUAUCGAACGAAUCGUGGCGGACUGAUCACUUUUCAUGGACCGGGUCAAUUGGUUGCAUAUCCUGUAAUACAUUUGCGUCAAUUCCAGCCUAAGAUGCGCUGGUAUGUUGCAACAUUGGAGGAGACUGUUAUUGCCACUUGUCGAAAGAUGGGUGUUCUGCAGGCAACAACUACAUCAGACACUGGCAUAUGGGUAGGAAAUAACAAGAUUUGUGCUAUAGGGGUGCAUGGCUCUCGGUAUGUCACCACACACGGUAUUGGUCUUAAUUGCUGCACAGAUCUACGCUGGUUCGAGCAUAUUGUCCCAUGCGGUAUUGAAGGAAAAGGAGUAACUUCAUUGAGUCAGGAACUGAAGAGAAACGUUUCUGUAGAAGAAACUGCGAGUGUGUUUGUUCAAUGUUUUAUGGAACACUUUGAAUGCAAAGUGCUUGAUGAGGCUUGAAUUAAUUUUGUUCUAGAUAAGAGUAAGGUUUUUAAAAGUGUACGUAUUCAUUCAUAUAUUAUAAUAAAACAAAAGUGUACCAAAUGUCAAAAAAUAAAUUGAAGAAAUGUGUUAUAAGAUCACUAAACAGA